AUGGAAAACAACAAUACUAUACCGGCAUUAUUUCAACCCAUAAAGAUCAGUGACUCGAUCACAUUACCUAAUAGAAUUGGUGUUUCACCAAUGUGCAUGUAUUCAUCGUCACCAACUGACAAUCAAGCCACUCUGUUUCAUUUUGUUCAUUAUGGAUCAUUUGCUGUACGUGGACCAGCAUUAAUCAUUUUAGAGAGUAUCUUUGUGUCCGAAAAUUCCGGAUUAUCCAUUCAUGAUUUAGGUCUUUGGAAUGAUGAUCAAGCUCACAGUUUACGGAAAAUUGUUGAUUUUAUUCAUGAUCAAGACGGAAUUUGCUGUAUACAAUUGAAUCACGCUGGGCGAAAGAUUGUUGAAGGGGUACCAUUCCAACAAAUACAACAUGGUUGGCAAGAACAUUGUGUGGGGCCAUCUACUGAGCCAUUUAGUGAUUCACACAAUACACCACGAGAAUUGACUGUUAAUGAAAUAAAUUCAAUUGUGGAAGACUUUGCCAAUGCAGCUUGGCGGGCUGUGGAAAUCUCAAAAUUCGAUGCCAUUGAAAUACAUUGUGCUAAUGGAUGUUUAAUACACCAAUUUUUAAGUAAAUUGACAAACAAGAGAGCUGACCAAUACGGGGGCUCAUUUGAAAACAGAGUUAGAUUUCUUUUACAAAUAAUUGAGAAUAUAAAACGAAAGAUAGAAACACCGAUUUUCUUAAAGUUUCCAAUGUCAGAUAAUUGUAGUGAUCCGGAAGCGUGGUCUACGGAAGAUGCAUUGAAGUUGGCCGAUCUUGUUAUUGAUUUAGGAGUAAAGGUGAUCGACGUUACAUCAGGUGGAAAUGUUGCGCAUUGCAAAUCUAGAUAUCUAUUAAAUGACGACAAACAACUACCUUCUCAAGUGCCCUUGGCUCGUAAAUUGAAAAGCCACAUUAGAAACCGAUGUUUGAUCGCAUGCAGUGGAGGAUUAGAUCGAGACAUAUUUAAACUCGAUGAGUUUAUUGCUAAUGGUGACUUUGAUAUAGCAUUGAUAGGUAAAGGAUUUCUCAAAAACACUGGAUUGAUCAGCCGUAUUGCUGACCAAUUGCAAGCACAAUUCAGAACAGCACCUCAAUAUAAGUUGGCCUUAUCAUAA